AUGGUGCAUCUCUCGUUGGGCGAUCCGGAGGUGGGAGCUGUUAAUUUUAAUGUAUUAAAAACUCUGCUAUUACAAAUGUUAAAAGCUAUGAAUUUAUUUAAUCAUAAACCGGAUUCAAUGUCAGACGAUGAUAGACGAUCAUUGAAAGAAGCACUCAGUGUUCAAACAUCAUCACCGUCAAAUGAUAAACGUCAGAUUAAAUUCAAAGAUGAUACAUCAGUUGAAAAACUCGAUAUUCUCGAGGAUAACAAGUCAACAACAACAACAACAGAUAGUGGAAACAUGAAACCAAAAAGACGUGAUCGAAGUUCUGAACGAUUAGCAUUAAUCGAAGAAAAAGUAUUUCGAUUUGAAAGUCAAUUAGAUGCAUUCAAUCAAAUGCCAUCAAAUGAUGAAUUAAUUGAAAAAGCUAAAGGAAUUAGAAAAACAUCGCCUAGAACAGUAAAUGAUGGUGGUGAAGAAAAAAAGAAGAGUUCAAAUAAAGGUCCAAUACUAGAAGUAUGGCAAUAUACACAAUUAGAAAAACGAAUUGAAUCAGCUGAAAAUGGAAUAACUAGACUUGCCUCGUUGCUACAAGAUUUACUAUCUGAUAUGAGUGAUUUGAAAGAGUCACAAGAAUCAAUGAAAAAUGGUCUGGAUAUAUUCAAAAAACAGCAAGAAGAUUUGAAAAAUUUGUAUGAUGCAUUGAACACAGAAAAACAAGAUUGGGCAAAAAAAAGUGACAUUGAAGAUUUAAAUGAGACAAUACGCAAUCUUCAAAAUACGUUGACGACAUUACGUGAAGAUUUAGAUAAGCUAUCGCAAUCGACCAGUAACGAGGAAUCAAUUGAUUUAGCUAAUUAUGCCACAUGGGAUAAAUUAGAAGAUGCACUACGAGGUAUACGUGAAACAGUCGAAAAAUCAUCAGCUGCCGCAAUGGAAGCUGCAAGAAAUGCAAUUCGACUACCGAUUGUUGAACGACACCCAUUGAUCAAAUCUAAGGUCACGACGUCGACCGAUGAAACAUCGACCCCCAGAAUAUCGUCCGGUAGUACACCAUCAAAAACUUUAGCUGAUUUAUUGGAACAAUUGGGCACAUUAAAUAAACGGCAUGAACAAUUGAGUGCUAUUGUUGAAAGUCUAAAGGAUAAAAAGCUUGAUCGAGACGAAUUUGAAAAAUUUAAAGCAAACAGAGAUUUAUAUGAAAAAAUACAAGCGCUUGAAAAACAAUUACAUGAUCUUCUACAACAACGAAAUAAAUCAUUAACGUUAAUUGAUACUAUGAAAGAAAAACUUGUAUUUUUGAAAACCAGUAGCAAAGAAACAAGUCAUAAUAAUUGGAAGAUUUUGGGUUAUAAACUAAGAAAAUGUCAUCAUGAAAUUCGAAUAAUGAAUGAACAAAAUUUACGUAAAAUAUUAUUGAGAGAAUUUCAAUGGAUAAAAGAUUUAUUUGAAUUGUUAAUUGAACUUCUAUUUACAUCAAAGUUUAAUGCUUCAGAUUUAUAUGUAUGUCAUUCAUUGUCGAACGAGUCAGUUGUUGAACGAUCAACUAGAGUCGAUACUAAUACGGAUUUAGAAUAUCGACUAUCAAUUCUAAACGAAUUAGGGAAAGAGGAAACGCUAGAAUGUAAAGAUUGUACAAAAACAAAACUCACUGAUCAAGAACAAGAAUUUUUAGAUUGUAAUAGAAUUGAAUGUAAUCAACCAUUAAACCCGUCUGAAGCCAUGCAAGAUUUUCAAACCGCUCUUCAACGUUUACGUGAAGAAAUUGAUAACUUAAAACAACUUGUUCAAGAGUUAAUUGAUAAUGCCAAAUUAUCCGUUCAAGACAUUGAGAAAGCAGAUAAACGUGAUUUAGAUAAUCGCGUUCUUAAAAAAGAUUUUCAUGUUGCUUGCGGUGAACUCGCGCAGAGUGUCAAUGACUGUUUACAAAAAUUCAAUACGCACGAUGACGUACAGAAACAAGAUUUGGAAAAGAUUACGCGUGAUGUCGAUAGUAAAUUGGAUCGUGGUGAAUUGAAUGCAUUACGUGAUUACAUUGAGAAACAAUUGAAAAAAUUGAAAAAAAUGGCUAAAGAUCAGCAAACUCAGCAACAACAUGUUCAUAUGAUGUCGGAAGAUGAAGCAGCUGGACUCCGAAAACAAUUGAUUCGUUUUCAUUGUAUAUCAUGUGAUAGACCCAUCGACGUUGCACCACGUGAGACACAACCAAGUUUGCCAGCUGAACGUGGUAUCAGACCCAUACAAUCACCUCGUCCAUACACAACAUUUGAAUUGGAUCAAAUUAGACAGUUUCAGAAAAGUCAACAAUUCAACAGCGAUUAUGGUUAUGAUGUGUAUGCAAGUGUCAGACAAUGUGGUGGUAGUCAUACAACGACUCUGCCAUUCAAACGUCAAGCCAAAACACAACCCACAGUACCAGAAGAAACACCACUGACAAAAAGUGAAGUUGAUAUUCAAGGACACGAUGGACAUAUUUAUAAAGGUAGGAUAGAUGCGAAAUUAUCCGUUGAUAUAUCAAAAAAACAAGGCAUGAUUAUGUUAACGCGUCCUCGUUCUGCGACACAAAUAACUCGCGCACAAUUGAGCGAUGUGGACGCUGCGGGCAUAGGAACAGAUACUGCGUAUCCAACUGAUAUUGGCGGUGGUAACAGUUUAGCUCUUCCUAAUGCUGGAAUUGAACAUGGUUCUCUAUUGGUUCGUCAACAACAAGAACCAAGACAAGAACCGACUACAACUGAUAUGAGAUUUAACUAA